GGCGGCGGCGGCAGCGACUACGACGACGGCGGCGCGCGACCUCUCGCAGUGUGCUAUUCGUAAUCGGGGCGUAAGAGUGCACCGGUGCUCGGACGACUUACCCCACGUGCGCGCGUAUAUCAUGCGAUGUGCCCCGCCGCCAGUCGUCACAUUACCGUUAACGCGUGCGAGUCGAGUGUGAAACCGAUUGGUGUUUAGAAAAAUAUUCCGUUCCGUUUGAAUUUCGUUUGUUGGAAGACAUUCAUUUUUUUCUCGCAAAUAAAAAUUUAUUAUUAAAUAAUCGCGUUUUUUAGAUAAUUUUUUUAAAUUUUUUAUUCCGUUUGUGUUUUUAAUGAAAAAUUACUGAUCGGUCACGACGACUGUUAAAUAAUUUUUGUCGUUUUGCAAAACGCGGGUGAAAAAAUAAUAAUCCAUAUAAAAUAAUACAUCGUCUAUCUGGGACUUGUGCGACCACGAUGGACACUACCUAACAGAACGUUUCGUUCGCAAAAGUAUAACAACAAGAACAUCUACGACGACUUCAAUAAUAAUAAAUCUACCCAUCAUUCAUAAUAUUAUGUGCAGUGUGACUUUUGCGUGGUUUUAGUGUUGAAUUAUUCGUUACGUUUUUUUUUCGUUCUUGUUAUUUCUAAACCGUAGCUUACGAUACAUACAGUGCCCACGACCACUUCGCGCCACCCCAAAAAUACCCCAAAUACUACCUACCCCCCUACAACUACACUGCCACGAUGACUGACCCGUAUGACGACCGACACAAUCCGUACCAAGAAGUGGGCCGGUGGUGGUGAUACGCGCGACAUGUCGAAUGGUGGAGACGGCGCAGCAGGUGCAGUUUGCGCGUGUGGCCGUCGCCGUCGCCGUCGUCGGGCGGCGUCGUCCUCGUCUCCGUCGCCGUCCGUUCUGGCCGUGUGGACGACGGCGUUCGUGCUGGCCGUGAUCGUAGGCGGCCGCGGGGUCGAAGCGCUGCACUCGGCCGCGGCCGUAUCGACGGCUGGCGGCGGUAGUGCGGCUGCAGCAGCUGCGUCAGUGGCGGCGGGCCGGAUGGCGCCGUGCGCCCACCUGGGCGACGAGACCAACGACGUGUCAGCUCGGGCAUACGCGUCCGACGUGGUGUUCGAGGGCAAGGUCCGGUCCAAGGGCCCGGUACGGCCCGGAGACGGUACGUACGGCGUCACGUUUGUGGUACAGCGCGUGCACAAGGACGCCAUGCAAGCGGUCACGUACGAGAGACUGCGGGUCGGCAGUCCGGUGCGACUCAACUUUCGCGAGAAGCGCGGCGACCGCGACCCACCGCAGCGGAGGCCGCCGCUCCAGCGCCGAGCGGAAGCACAGUGUGUGCAGCGGUUCGCGCCGGCCGCCGGUGGUCAGACCGUCGAGGCCAACAUCAAACGCGGUGCCAAGUACCUGGUGUUUGUGGCCGGCGUCGGGCCGCAUAACCUGUCCGUGCUCGGCGAACCCGUGCUAAGGACGCCCAAGAACGUGGACGCCGUGCAAAAAGUGUUGUGCAGGGACUGCGUUCAGCCAAUCGGAGUGUGGGGACUUCAUAACACGACGUUAAAAGUCAAAAGCGCUUUGAAGUUGAUGUGCAGAGCAAAAGGCAACCCUAUGCCCGCUCUACAAUGGUUCAAAGACGGCGUACCGAUUUUGGUGGGCAGGCGAAGGAUUCAAUACAAAAAGAAAAGAUCCAUGCUUGUGAUACCAAAGGUGAGGCCAGACGACGCAGGCAAGUAUGAGUGCAGAGGUACCGGAGUCCAAACCGGCCAUGUGGCUAUUACAUCGGCCCAAGUCAUAGUUAAUUCCAAACCGGACAACACGACAGCCCUGUGGCCGUUGGUCGGCGGUCCCUGUCCAGCAGAUCUCGUAUAUUGUCUGAACGGGGGCACUUGUACGUUCUACGAAACCAUCGGAGAGCUUGUUUGCCAGUGCGCCGAAGGCUUCAAGGGUCAACGGUGUGAGAACAAAGACAUUGUUAACAAAAGCAUUUGAUCGUAUACAGUACACGGUGGGGGUGUGGAUUUUUGUUUGCAGAUUCAAAACAAAAUAAGAAACAAAACACCAUUGGAAAUGACACAAAUAAUUUCGGCUAGUGACGCGUCGACACAAUAAUUAUGCUGUUAUAUCGAUGUAACUGAACAUUGGACAGCGGCACUAACCCGAGCACAUUCUACAACAAACACGGAUAGAUGAAUACAAUAUAUAAUUCUCUAAACUUUUUUUUCUCGACAAUUUUUUUUAUACAUUCAUACAUAAUAAAAUGUUUUAUACGAAACGAAGCUUUACGUUAGAUACCCGUGUGUAUAUUAUUACUAUACAUAAAUAUAGUAUAUAAUAAUACAUUAAUGUGCAACCCAACUUUAUUGCUACCCAUGUUUUUCAUCGCUAUAAUAUAACUCUAAUAUACAAUAUAUAUAAUAUAGCUGCAUAUUAGUUCUCAUAGUGAUAUAGCUAAUUUAUGAAAUUAUACGAUAGAGUAAAUACAUUUUUAACUUUAUAAUAAUAUAAGGGCUAUUUAGACUUGUUAACUUUUAAAUUCUAAGUAAUUUUAUUUGUUUUGUUUACAUAUUAUGUAUACAUGUCGCACCCAUUUAGUGAAAAGUAUCCAUAUCGUGAAUAAAACAUUUUUUACGUGUCAUGGAUGACUAUUUUUGUACACUUCGAGAAACGGAUAUUAAUUUUCUACACUAAACUUGUGAUUUAAGAAUAUUGUGCGAUAUCAUAUAGUCACGCAAUAUUAUCAUCAUAUUAUUAUUAUGUAUUACAACGGUUUGAAUAAAUACAAUAUCUAUGAAUAACUUAAUUUACUACCUACGAAUAAUCGUGUGUUAUUAAUUAAUUAUAUACAGUUCUAACUUGUAUAGUGGGUAUAUAGUAUAUACUGUAGAAUAGUUAUAGAUAGGCUUUGUCUUGAAAAUAUGUUUCACGGUUUUGAAAAAAAAACUAUCAAUCUCGUGAAAAUGUAUCCACAAGCUACUACUGUACAAAAAUAAAAGAUACGUCUUCACAGUAUUAUUGAUCAUCCGUGUCGUGUAAAAAAUGUAUAAUUAACGGUAUGUAUAUGGGUACGAAAAAUAAGCCCACUUCAUUAAAAAAAAGAGAUUUUACAAACUGGGUGCGACGUAUAUAUUAUAUUUGUAUAUAUUAUUAUUAUAUUUAUGUGAUUGAUUUUCAUUAAGGCUAAAGGUUGUGAUGUUUGUUAUGUUCCAUAUGUAUUACUUUUAUUUUAUAUAAGUAACACUUAAUCGUGUGUAUAUUUUUUUUAUGUUUUAUUUAUUUAUUUAUUAUUUAUUUUUUGUUUAACCAAAAAUAAUGACCGUCCAUUUACUUAAU